AUGCAGCUCCCAGGGCUGUGGCUGUGCCUGAGCUUUGGCGGCGCUGCCUCCCUCGGCCCCUCGUGUCUGUCGGCGCAGUUCAGGAGGCCGGGGGAUUUUGUCCUGGGGGGUUUGUUCCCCUUUGGGAAGGACACGGUGAACCUGACAGCGCGCUCAGAGCCCACCCUGCUGCUGUGCGAGAGGUUAUUCACGGACGGGCUGAUCUGGGCUCUCGGCAUGACGUUCGCCAUCGAGCAGAUCAACAACUCCAGCUCCCUCCUGCCGGGAAUAACGCUGGGGUACGACCUGUACGACACCUGCUUCGAGCCCCUGGUGGCCCUGCAGCCCAGCCUGCUCUUCCUGACCCGCAAGGGCACCACGGGCAUCGGGGUCCUCUGCAACUACACCGAGUACCAGCCCCGCGUCACCGCCGUCAUCGGGCCCCACAAGUCAGAUCUCUGCCUGGUCACGGCCAAGCUCUUCAGCUCCUUCCUGAUCCCGCAGGUGAGCUACGGAGCCAGCAGCGAGACCCUGAGCAACACGGAGCUGUACCCGUCCUUCUACCGCACCGUGCCCAGCGACAAGAACCUGGUGGAAGCCGUGGUGCUGCUGCUCAACCACUUCGGCUGGAACUGGGUGGCCACGGUGGGCAGCGACGACGAGUACGGCCGCGGCGCCCAGGCUCUCUUCCUGAGCAUGGCUGGCACUAACAACAUCUGCAUCGCCUUCGAGGGGCUCAUCCCCACCGACCUGGCCGAGCCCAGCGCCAAGAAGCAGCUGGAAGACACCGUGAGGGUAAUUAACAGCACCGAGGUCAACGUCGUGGUGCUGUUCUCCUACAGCCUGCCAGCCCAGGCCCUGCUGGAGCACAGCAUCAGGAUGGGGCUGGGCAAGAAGGUCUGGGUCGGCACCGAGGCCUGGAUGCUGUCGGACGUCUCGGCGUCCACCCCGAACAUCCAGAGCAUUGGGACGGUGCUGGGCUUUGUCAUGAGGACGGGGACGGUGCCCGGCUUCCAGGAGUACGUGGCCGAGCUCUUCAGCUCCGUCGAGCAGGAGGGGUUCUGCCGGCGCUCCAGGGAGCUGAGCGGCCUGGCGAGCGCCGAGGCACCGGACGCGCGCUGCCAGCACUGCGACCACGUCACCCUCGGGGACAUCUGGCCCAUGCUCGGCGUGACCUCGGUGCAGCCGGUCCAGGUGGCCGUGUACGGCGUGGCCCACGCCCUGCACAGAGCCCUGGGCUGCACCUCCAAAGGCUGUCCCAAAACCCCCAUCAGGUCCUGGCAGCUGCUGCACUUCAUGAACACCCUGCCGUUCGAGGUGAACGGCCAGAGCUUCAGGUUUGACCAAUCCCACGGCACAAACCCUGGGUACAAACUCAUCUUCUGGGCCUGGAGGAACGGCACCCUGACCAACCUGCCCGUGGGGGACUACGACCAGUCCCUGGACGUCCGUAAGGCCCAGAUCGAGUUCCACACGGCAGAUAAGAAGGAGCCCACAUCCGAGUGCUUCAGGCGCUGCCAACCAGGACAAUUCAGAAGAAUAAAAGGAUUCAACCUCUGCUGCUACGACUGCACAGACUGUUCAGAAAACACCUUCUGGAGCAGCACAGACAGCACCAGCUGCUCCCCGUGCCCGCGGCACCAGUGGGCCCCGGCCCGCAGCACGCGCUGCCACGACCGCAGCGAGAGGUUCCUCUUCUGGGACGAGCCCCUGGGCCUGGCCCUGGUGACGCUGAUGGCCCUGACGGCGGCUCUGAGCUGCGUGACGGCGCUGCUCUUCCUGAAGCACCUGCGGACGCCGCUGGCGCAGCUGUCCGGGGGCAGCCGCGGCCUCUUGGCCCUGCUCUGCCUGCUGCUGCUGAGCCUCAGCUGCUGCCUGUACGUGGGCAGGCCCAGCGCCGCGCUCUGCAGGCUGCAGCAGCUCUCCUACGCCCUGUGCCUCAACGGCUGCUUCUCCGCCUUGGUGCCCAAGGCGCUGGAGAUCGCCCUGGUGACGGAGUUUCCCGGCCGCGCCCCGGGGCUGCGGCGCUGGGCGAGCGGCGGCAGGGCCUGGCUGCUGGUGGCCGCGUCCCUGCUCACCCAGGCCUCGCUCUGCCUCUGCCACCUCCGCCUCGGCCCCGAUUUCUUGGUGGCCGACUACGAGUCGCUGCCCAGGGAGGUGCUGCUGGCGUGUGGCACCCAGUCCUGGCUCGCCUUCGCCCUCCUGCACGGCUACAACAGCUGCCUGGCCUUCGCCUGCUUCCUGUGCACCUUCAUGGUGCAAACCCCGCCGAGGAGGUACAACGUGGCCAGGGGCGUCACCUUUGCCACCCUCAUCUGCUUCGUCGUCUGGAUCUUCUUCCUGGCGGUUUUCGCCACGCUGAGGACGGUCCUCAGGGCCGUCACGCUGAUCUGCACCGUCCUGGCCACCGCCCUGGGCAUCCUGGCCAGCUACUUCGUGCCCAAGUGCUGCAUCAUGGUGUUCAGGCCCGAUCUGAACACGAGGGAUUAUUGCCAGAACCCCGGCGAGGAGGAGCCGCAGGAGGUGAACAGACAAUAAAUCACCUCUGUCACCUGCCCCUCAAGCAGAAGCUGGAUUUUAAGGAGAAAAGGCUGUUUAUGGCCCCAGGCACAACCACAUAUGAACCAGAGCUGUGAAAGCACAGGGCUUGGAGGCUGAAGUCCAGAGGAGCAGCCUCCAUCCUCUCUGGGAACACCUUUCGGCCCCAAA